AUGUGGAAGAAGCGGGUUCAGGCUGUAAUAAAUGUGUUACAUCCUGUUGACUCUGUGGGUGGUGAAUCUCUGCUUAAGCUGCAACACCACAGAGAGGGAUGGGUCAGGUGCAGGGAGGAUUCAGUCGUCCUCACAGCAGCCAACAUGCAGCUGAUACAUCUGGAGGCUGCAGUCGUUCUUGGAAUUGUCUUACUUCAGAUUCCCAGUGUAAGCAUCUCCUCUUCAGCUUCUGAAUGUUUGGCUUCAGUGGAAACCUGCAUGUCAGAUUUAUGCAGCUGUGAGCAGGCGUUGGACACCGGCAACUAUGACAGGUGCCAAAUAAAGGGCUCAGAGGGCUGUAACUUGACCAUCCAGACUGCACUGGACCAAUUUCCAUCCCUGCAAGGGUGUGUGUGUACAUGGGAGGAGGAGCUCUGUGACUCCAUACAAGUACUGGCCACACAAUGCCUCCAAAAGCCAGGAAACCAGCAGAGGAGGAUCACACAGACUGACUGGAAAUCGAGUAAAUUGGCGGACAAUGUGUAUGAAGGUCCUGGAUCCUGUGUGGACCGAAUCGGUCUUUGCGUGAGUGAGUCUGUUUGCAACAGGCACCUCACACCUGUUCUUCAAGCAUGCAUGGUUGAACAGUGUGACAGUGAAAGGUGUCGGCGGGAAAUUCAACAGUUCUAUGGAGGAAUGCCCCAACAGUCUGCCGAGAUGCUGGUGAUGUGCGACUGUGAUAAUUCAGAUCAAAGCUGUAAGCAAAUGAAAUCCGGUCUGCAGAGCGGGGCGUGUGGAGUGGAGACAAGGAUCUGUCAAGAAAGGCUCAUUCAGUGUGUUCAGGACAGUAACUGCAGAUAUCUCUUAAAAACUCUCCAAGUCAAGUGUUGGAACCACGAAGAAACACUGUGCAGUGAACGAAAUCUCCAAGAAGAUGAAUGCUUCACACUUAAAGAUCCAUCUCUUAUCCUUGGAGCAAACUCUGAAUGUAAAAAGGCCUUCUUGGCUACUUUGGGCACAGUGCUUCACCACCCUUGCACUUGCAAAGGAGUGCACAGCGAUCAUCUACGGAUGUGCAACAUGAUUCUUGAAGUAUUUCAUAACAGACUCCACUUCAUCAAAUUGGUGGAAAACAGUGAUGGCCCUUCAAAACCACCUGUGGUGAAUCAAUCAGAUCAGCCUCAGAUGUGGUGGCAUGGUUACCUUUUGUAUCUUUUUUCCGCUUUGUUUUUUGCUGGAAUUUUCAUAUUAUCACCACUGGUUUUUCUCAGCAAGAUGUGGUUGAAAAGGAGAGAUCAAACAAAACUUAACCAUCCCAUGAAGGCGAAUCGUGUUAUUUUAUAAUGUAAUAUACCCACAAAGUUCUUUUUUUUUAUUCAGCUUGACAUUUUAUGUGGUUCAGCUUAUUCAAUAAAUUUUAUUCACUUGCAUGGCUAACAUUUUCGUGAUGUUCAAUGGAACAUAAAGUUGAAAGGUUUUAUGUAUAUAAAAAGAGAGCCCUUGAUUUAGCAGUUAAGUUCACGCAAACUUAAUUAAACUGAAAGAAAACACAUUUUCUAUGACUUGAAGCUGGUCCCAGUCGACUCUGUUUUGUCUGAGGACUUUUCAUAAAUAAUACCAUCUGUCACUAGACCUCUUGAUUUUAACUAGAAAGAUGGUUGUGUUUGGACUUCCUUUUUAAAUUUUUACGAAAAUAUAUUUUUGAGGAGUUUUUUUUCAAUACAGUGACACAAGUUAUGCAUAAUUGUUAAGGGGAAAGAAAGAGAUGUAUGGUAUUGUCUGAUUCACUGUCCGCAUUGAGUAAACUCUUCUUGUGCAGUGUGUACAUGCCUAAAUCACAAGUUCAUCGCCCAAUUCUGUCAUUGAGUACAUCAUACCCUAUACAAUUUGGCACAUAAACAAUUUCCAAAAAGGAACUGGCUGACAACAUAAUUUAGAUUAGUCAAGGUUAGUCAGUCAAGGAAUGCACAUCUUUAUUUGAACAAACUUCUGAAACUUUGUUUGGUUAUCAGCUUUUGAUUACAAAUAAAACCGAAAAAUCUUCAGUCAAAGAUGAAAAGUAACUGGUACAUUUUUAAAAUGCCUUCAAACAUAGAAUAUUGUUGUUAUCAUAUUAUUGUAAUACUGACAUUGUGUUGCAUGUGCUUUAUAGCUUACAGAUCACAUGUUUAUUUAUUCAUGAGACAAUAAUACUUGAGGGAAUUUUAAAAAUUAGAUUUUUACAUCAUUGAUGUAUAUUAAAACUGCAAGUGUAGAGUUAAUAAAGUUAUUACUUUUUGUAUAUUUAUUCAAUUCAUAUUGUCUAGUGUACAAAUGGACUUGAUUGCACCAAGGAGUUAAGACCAUGAAAAUUUGUUUGAAAAAGCAGCAGGCAAAGAAAUACAUCCAGAUAGCAACCUCAGUUCAACCAAAGCAAACGUCUGAUCUGUUUUAAAUAUGUUCUCUGGCCCUUUUUCUACGGCCCUGGGACUGACCUCUAUAAGUGUCCCUGUCUUCAUUCUGCUAUUUGUUCACUAAUGUGUCUAACAAGCAUUUGAGUUAACAGCACAGCUGUCAUUUUACUGACAUCAAAUUACAAAAUAGCUCAGUUCAAUUCAAUUUUAUUUAUAUAGCGUCAAUUCAUGAUACAUGUCAUCUCAAGGCACUUUCCAAAGU